CCCAUACCGGAAAAGUCCGAAUGAGAGUAUUUUUAUUUGUUAGGUGACGUGGAUUCGCCUGUAGUGCUGCUGUUCUCGACCUUUUAACCGUUUAUUCGUUAAAAUAACGAUCGGAUAUCGUUAUUCACGUUGCGCAUCCUUCACACCAAUGUUUAGAGAUGACAUUACACGUACGCGUGUGUUGACGAGAUUUUGAAAAGAAAGCAAAGCAUCUGAAACAGGUGUUGUCAUGACAGGAAGACAGGAAUGUUUGGGCCCGCUCAUCGCUGGUCGCCUUAUGAGGCUCUGUGUUUUGGUUCUGUGCCUUUUGCCUCAUUUUGGCUGGGCUGUUAGUUACAAGCAAGGAGAUCCGGUGAUCCUAUAUGUUAACAAAGUUGGUCCAUAUCACAACCCACAGGAAACCUAUCACUAUUACACACUCCCGGUCUGUAGACCUAAGGAGAUUCGCCAUAAGUCUUUAAGUUUGGGAGAGGUUUUAGAUGGAGACCGUAUGGCUGAGUCUCUUUACAACAUCCGCUUUAUGGAAAACUCUGACAGACAGAUGCUGUGUGAACUCAAUCUUUCUGAAAAAGAGGUGGAGCAGUUGCGAGAGGCAGUGGAGGAGCUGUUUUACUUUGAGUUUGUCCUAGAUGACAUUCCCAUUUGGGGUUUCGUGGGAUACAUGGAAGAGAGUGGAUUCCUGCCUCACAGUCACAAGGUGGGGUUAUGGACACACUUGGACUUCAACAUCGAGUACAAUGGUGACACUGUGAUCUUUGCCAAUGUGUCUGUGAAAGAUGUGAAGCCCGUGCCAUUAGAAGAAGGUGUUGGAGGAGCCGGUCACGGCGCUGGUGGCACUCUAUCGAUCACCCACACCUACAGCGUACGCUGGUUUGAGAGCACAUUGCCCCACUCACGCAGGGCAGAGCGUCUCAGAGACUAUUCGUUUUUUCCCAAGACUCUGGAGAUCCACUGGCUGUCCAUCAUCAACUCACUGGUGCUGGUGGUGCUCCUGCUGGGCUUCGUCAUCAUCAUCCUCAUGAGGGUGCUGAAGAAUGACUUUGCCAGGUAUAAUGUGGAGGAGGAUGGAGGUUGUGAUGACUUGGAUCAGGGAGAUAACGGAUGGAAAAUCAUUCACACGGAUGUCUUUCGCUUCCCGUCAUGCAAGAGCCUUCUGUGUGCCGUGUUAGGGGUCGGGGCGCAGUUUCUGACACUGGCCACAGGAAUCAUUGUUAUGGCGCUGCUUGGGAUGUUUAAUGUCCAUCGCCAUGGUGCCAUAAACUCGGCAGCGAUUGUACUGUACGCUCUCACAAGCUGUGUAUCAGGUUACUGUUCCUGCAGCUUCUACACACAGAUCCAGGGUCAGCGCUGGGUCUGGAACAUUAUACUUACCUCUGCACUUUUCUCUGGUCCCCUCUUCUUCACCUGGAGUGUGGUCAAUUCUGUUCAUUGGUGGAGUGGGUCGACCCAGGCCCUUCCUGCCACCACUGUGCUUCUGCUGUUAGCUGCCUGGUUGCUGGUGGGCUUUCCACUCACUGUCAUUGGUGGAAUCGUUGGAAAGAACAGAGCCGGCAACUUCCAAGCACCGUGUCGCACACGCAACAUACCACGUCAGAUCCCGCAGCAGCCCUGGUACAAACACACAGCUGUGCACAUGGCCAUCGGAGGCUUCCUGCCUUUCAGUGCCAUCUCAGUUGAGCUAUACUACAUCUUUGCCACGGUAUGGGGUCGUGAACACUACACGCUGUACGGUAUCCUGCUGUGUGUCUUUGCCAUUUUGCUCUCCGUGGGCGCCUGCAUCUCUGUGGCACUCACCUACUUCCUGCUCUCAGGCGAGGACUACCGAUGGUGGUGGCGAAGCGUCCUGAGCACCGGAUCCACCGGCAUCUUUAUAUUCGUUUACUCUCUCUUCUACUACCACAAUCGCUCCAACAUGAGCGGCCUUGUACAGAGCGUUGAAUUCUUUGGAUAUUCUUUGCUCACCGCAUUUGUUUUCUCUCUCAUGUUGGGAACGGUUUCAUUCUGGGCCUCUCUGACUUUCAUUCGUUAUAUCUACCGUAGCCUUAAGAUGGACUGAGGAGAAAAGCUGACUACUUCCGUCCCAUUGCCUCAGACGAGGUAGAGCGAGAGACUCGUGGACUGGGUCCUUAUGGAGCCCUGCAUGAGCAGGUUUUCGUGUUGCAGAAUUAUACUGAACUAUUAAAACUGAUGCCAACUUUGAGAGGUCUUGGGAACGGAUGAAAGUGACUGGCAAAAGACUUCUUUAAUAUUUUGCUCACCAACACCCUGAUACUUAAAAUGCAUAGAUAGUUGCUAGAUUAUAUGCGCAUCAAAUACAGAAAUAUUUGAGAGUCAUUUAAAUUGUUUUUGCAAAACUGUUGCAUAUCAUGUAUAGGUUGCCUACCAAGUAUCCAAGCUCAAAAAGUUGCGUUUUGGAUUUUGUUAAUGUAGUGCAUUUAAAUUACAACUAAAACUUUAUUGUAAGGGGAUUCAGAUUAUAAGGGGACUGGAAAUAGAGGCCUUGGUAAUUAUUGUUCACGUGACCAUGAAGGAGAUAAGGCACUUAUUAUAGGUAGGUGUGUUAACUGAUGAUUAAUGUUAAGUGGAUAUCUGGUUAUAUGAAUGGAUAAUUUUAUUUUUCGGGUAAAGAGAGAGACGUGUGUUAUAUUGUGGGUAAUAUACACAUUUUGACCAAAAAUUUUUUUUUGGAAGAAAUACAAAUAAGGGCCUAAAGUAAUGAAGAAUAGUUUAUGAAAGCAAUACGAUGCUGUAGUCUCCAUCAACUGUGAUCUUUUGAAUUGUAAAUAUACAAUGUUUUCAAGUCACUUAUUAUGGUAAGAGAAAUAAAUGCGGGAGAAAGCAA